GAAAUAAUCUUUGUGAAAAGAAACAAUGCAAAUAUUAAUGAGAUUUUUCUAACUUGGAAAUCAGACAAGAGAAAAUGCCUAAAAAAUUACCACGUACUAAAGGAAAUACUAAGCCUUCAAGUAGUAGUGAAGCUGCUAAGCUUUUAGUUGCUUCAGGACAUGUGGCAUCCAAAGGAUUCAUUGGAUUUUCUAAUGAGGCAAGUUACGUACCAGCAAGUGAAAUAUUUGAUGAUGCUGAGGCUUCACUUGAUGCAGAGUUUCGACUUGUACUUAGAAAACUUUCUAAGCGGGACACUGUUACUAAAGUCAAGGCUCUUCAAGAGUUUAUAACUCUGUGUGCAAGCAAAGAGGAGGCUGAUAUAAAAUGUAUAGUGCCAUUUUGGCCUAGAAUCUACAAUAAACUAGUCCUUGAUAUUGACCACAAAGUUCGAGAGUUGGCACAAAGAGCUUUGCAAUCAUUGGCUGAUAGAAGUGGUAAAAGUCUGGCACCUCAUCUUAAAAGUAUAAUGGGGAUGUGGAUGAUGACUAUGUGUGACACAUAUCCAACUGUUUCUUCUGCUGCAAAUACAGCUUUUACCAGCACAUUUUCUGGGAACAAGCAGAGAGAGGCAAUCCAUUUCUGUAGGGUUGAGGUUAUCGAGUGCCUAUUAAACAACAUUCUUAAUGCAAGUCCUGCAACUCUCAGUGAUCCUGCAUCAACAAGUGCAGAAGAUAUGGAGUCCAAGUAUAUGAGAGUUGUCUGCAGCAGUCUACAAUCAAUGUGUAAGCUCUUGUCAAUGUUACCAGCAGAGACACCAACACUCCAACAACACAUGACUAGUUUAUUACAGAGUCCACAGUUGUGGAAGCACACAAAGUCAACCAAUGCUAUGGUUAAAGUUUCCUGUUUAAAGCUUAUUUGCAUGGUGUGCCAGACUUGCCCAGAGGCUUCUACUGUGGUUGUAAACAAAAUCUCAGCAUUUGUCAUUUCAUGUUUGGGCUCUAGUGAUCCAAUACUUACAGCACCUACAUGGGAGGCCUUGCUGUCUCUUACCAGUGCUCAUAAGGAUUGCUGGCAGCAUAUGAACUGGCAGAAGGCUGUUUGGCCCAAGUUAAAACAUGUUUUAGAAACUGGCUGUUCUGGUCAAGCACGAGUCAUUGCCCCUUCUUUGCUGCCUUUUUACAGUCAGAUACCAGAGAGAAACUACAGGCUCUUUUUUAAUUCUUUUUUUAAUGGUAUUUGUGCUGUGAGUGAGAGUAACAAUCAAGCAGAGAUCUCAGCAUUUGUUCAAAGCUAUACAGAAUGUCUCCAGUACACCAUCAAAUGUAUGGCACAAACAGAAGAGCACUCAGAUUUAAAAUAUCUCAUCACUGAACAGCUUUUGACAUGUGUUCAAACUGCUGUACAAAAGCCAGUAUUGUCUAAAAGCAAACUUUACCACUGCCUGUGCCCAAUGCUGGAUUCAGUAUCAAAGAUUGAUCCCAGCACUGAGAAAGAGUUCUGGUCCCUGCUAACUACAUACAUUCUAGACAAGCUGCUGGAAGAGUUCAACUCAGGAAACCAAGAAAAGCCACUUUUAUUUGACUGUGUUACAUUGUUAGUGAGGGCCAUGGUCUUUGAUGCUGCGUCCUCAAGAGUGAGUUUCGGAGAGAAGGAAAAGACUAAAACUAUGAAAAAGCAAGUGAAGAAAAGUUUCUCAGAAGCGGCAGAAGGUUUGAUCACUGACAUUUUGCUGUCUGUUUACCAAAAGGCUGUUAGUGUGAAUUCUCAUUUCAUGAAGCUGUUUAAAGAUGUGUCAAGUGUUCAUGUGCCAUCAACUGCAGCUGACAGACUGACAGAAUCAAACCUCAACAUUGACUGUACGGCUCAAUUGGCUGAGAUUGAGAUGGAGGGGACAAGUAACCCACACGAAAGAUUUGUUCGCCACCAACUGCUCAAGCUACUGUGGCACCCACAGACAUCAUCAGAGUUUACACAUGAUGUAGUACUUACCAUACUGGCUUAUCUUUCUUAUGUUGAUGCUGAACCUGGUGCCAACAUUUUAUCUUUUCUCAUUGAUAAGCUGGAAGAUGAAAAGCUGGUAUGCCAGGUGAUAGAAGACUUGCUGACCCAUGACGUACCUGCUAGUGAGCAUCUCUUCAAGACAAAUGUGCUGCCACAGAGGAUUGAGACAUUGUCGCCUUCUAGCACCUGUGUAUGGGCCAUGAUGACAACUGUAAUCAAUAGUUUGGAUAAUAUUGAUGAUAACCAGUUUACACAGUCCUGUCUUGAUGUCAUCAUAAAAUAUUCCCUGAAUAUAUUAAACAAGAAAAUUGUUACCUGUCCCAUACUGGAUUUCCUCAAAAUACUUGUAGAGAAAGAAAUGGUCACAGGCCACCCACAACUUGGGGAACUUGUUUUAAGUCUUCUACAUUUGCUGCUGGAUUACAAUUUUUCAGAUAUUUGGCUGGAACUUGAAACGAUUUGGUUAACUGGAUUCAAUCUGGUUAAAGAACAGCACCAGUAUAACAUCCAGAUGUCCCAAGUUAUCAAAAGCUGGGUACUGUCCCCUGAUGCAAGUCUGAAAAGCCUACCUCAAGUUUUUAAAAUUGUUAUCUCUGCUGUCACUCCACCAUUGUCAACUUUUGUGGAUCGUUAUUUGGUCACAGAAAAUUUGGAUAUGGAUAAUGCCAAUGAGAUUUGCCACUACCUAUACUUAGAUGGAAGAGUAUCAUGCUGGCAGUUGGAGACCACAGCUACCCCUGUGUCUUGUUUAUCAUAUUUGCUCAUCAGCCUAUACAAUGUGCAUUUAUUAACAAUGAUUAAAGAAGAGAACGAAUGGUCCACUUGCCAAAUGCAGUGUUUGCUAGAUCUUAUUUAUAGCUUUGCUCUGUUGGAUGCUUGCUUAGAGCUAAAAUUAAAGGAUGUAGAGGAAAUCAGAAUAAGUGAGUUGAAGACGGGAAUAGUUGAUUGCUCUACCCAGUUACCUCAGACAUUUAACCUGAUCCAAGCAAGACCCAGCUCACAAUGGAAGAUAAUCCAGUAUGCGCUUGAGCUACUAAAUAUAUCAUCUGAUGAUUUUCUCUUGAGGGCAAGACUUGAGUUUUUAUCCAGGUGUCUAAAAGGUCAAGAUCUUGAAAUGGGAGAAAUUUUGAAAGAUGAAAAUGAAAGACAAAAGCAUUUUAUUCAGUGUGUCCAGUCCAGUUUAUCUAUACUUUUAUCCAAUAGUCCAAUCAAUCAGAUGGACAUAGCAGAUUGUCUGUCUGGUUGGAUGACAUUUGGUACAAGCUACAAACUGCUUGAUGAUGAGGCAAAGACAAACCUGCUGCAUCUGUUGAAAGAUGUAGUACAACAAUUAAAAGAUAAGGAUGCUCUUUUGCUCUCUGCCAGUGAUAAAUCUUACCAUCCAGAACUUAUUUAUCUAAAUAUUGUCUUGGCUGAUGUUUUAAAACAAGUAAAAGUUGAUUCCAGUGACAAAUACUGGGAGUUUUCACUUUGUAUUUUGAUAGAAUGGAUUCAGUUUCUCUCUGAGUCAACAGAGACCAGUGUCCAGACCUUGUGUUUACUUGUGAAAGUUUGUGAUCUGGCCUUUUUGUCAGCCGAAGUAUUUUCCAGCUCAGCUGCAUCUGCUUCAGCUCAAACUGAGUGGGAGGAGUUUUUUGCUGAAGGAGUUUUCUCCCCUUUGUUGCCGCUCUUUGUUUCUUAUGCAAACGGCAACACAAUAAAAGAUGAGGCCAAAGCAAGUAUAGUUCUGAGCUCCCUGUCCUCUGUGGUCAGCUUGUGCCCACUAGAGCUGCUUCUUAAACAUCAGAUUCCAGCCUCCCUAACAUUGACAGACACAUCUUGUCUACCAGACAACUUGAAAACAUUACUGAACCAUUUGUCCCCCCUUGUUGUGUCUAAAUAUAGAUCAGUGCAAGUUGCAGCAUUUACAUUACUCUGGAAAAUUUUGGAUGAGUUGGUCAAGUUUGUACCUGAUGAUGAUGAUGAAGAAGAAAUGAAAGCACCCCCUGAAGCUCUGAUCUGCCAAACUGAGCAAGCUCAAGAGUUCCUCGAGUGCAUACAAAUUGUGCCAGUGGACGAGCAUGUUGUUAUGGACAUGGGAACUGAUGAACAUGCCCAGGUUAUGGGAUAUCUUUUGCUGUGGAGACUUCUGCUGCAACUUUUUCACUCGUCACCUAGUCAGCUGCGAGCUAAAUAUGCAUUGUACUACAAGGAUAAGAAAUCAGUGAACCAUUUGUUGAGUAACAUUUUUAGAGUUAUGCCACUUCAUCCUUCUGCUACAGUUGUCAAUUUUGAUGGAACACUUAAUGUAAAAGAUAACAUUACAGAUUCAGAGAUUGGAAAAAUUGCAUUUUAUGUGUAUCGUCAGUGUUUAGAGAUCAUUCCUGCUCUUGUAAGACACUGGUGGGCAGAACAGGACAGGAAAGCUACUAACUUUAUUGAUAGGUUUACAACAGAUUACAUUAGUAGCAGUCUGAUACGACAACAGAUCAUUUCAUCUCAGAACACAGACAUGAAAGAUAUCACUAUUCUUGCUCGUCCAGCUGCUAGAGAGGUGUCUGCUACAUAUGAAAUGGCCGAAGUGAAAAUCAACAUGAGUAUUGUGCUGCCAGAAAAUUUUCCACUUGGUAAACUGGAGGUGACAUGUGACAAGAGGGUUGGUGUCUCACAAGCACAGUGGGAUCGUUGGUUGCUGCAGCUGAAUAUUUUCUUACAGCAUCAGAAUGGCAGCAUUUCUGAAGGAUUAAAAUUGUGGAAGGGAAAUCUGGAUAAAAAAUUUGAGGGCAUAGAUGACUGCAUGAUUUGUUUCUCUGUGAUACAUGGCACAAAUUUUCAGCUGCCUCGCUUAACAUGCAGAACGUGUCGCAAAAAGUUUCACUCUGCUUGCUUGUACAAGUGGUUUAACACAAGUCAAAAGUCUUCAUGUCCACUGUGUAGAAAUUUGUUUUGAACACAAUGGAGCCCAGGGAAUCAAAGAGAAAUACAAUUUUUAAUUGUAAUAAUGAAAAAUAAAACUGUUUUUAAAUUA